GCAGCCACGACGGACCAGAAAACUCCACGGCAGUGGGAAAAUACAGUUAUGAUCAAAGAAUCGAAUCUCAAUCAUCGAAUUCACUCCUGCGGUGCUUCAAAGGUGUCGUGCUCCCCAUUGGGGCCAAACUGCGUCUUUUAAUCUCUGUUCUAACACUUCAAUCAAUCUCGUGUGACGUCCGAGGCGUUGAAAGCAUCCAACCAAUCCGAAGGCACCCUACAGUCUCGUAGAGAUUCUACCACUCGCUACACAAAAGUCCACGGGAAAAGCAAAGCUGACUUGUCGCCAUUGACACUCGCACAUCAUCAGCACACUCUUCACAGAAGUUUUGUUCCUUGCGACUAUCCAACAAACCUUCACCAUGGCCACCAAAUUCGGAGACUUCAGCAAAGGACCUAAGGACCUCUUGGGUGAUGAUUAUUCAUCAUCAAUCUCGCUAAAGUGCAAGAAGCCUGCUGGUCCCGUGGCUGUUACCAUUGAGACUGAGCGGGGUGGUGGCGGUGCACUCUCUGCCAAGGUUGGCACCAAGUUCGCAUAUGCCGGUUUCAACGUGGACAAGGGUCAGUUGAAGGCGGAUGGAUCCCGAGUCCUUGAAACAUCCGUCAAGCCAUGCCCAGGAUGUAAGGUGAGCUUCAAAGCCGGAAAGGGUGCCGAUCUUUGCGUGGACUACACCAAGGGCGCCUUCUAUGCUACCAGUGUCUUGGAUGUCCUUGAUACUUCCAAGAUCUCCGCCUCGGCGUCCAUGGGACAUCCAUCUGGAUUCACCUUUGGAGGUGCUACAGUCUACGGCCUAGCUGGAAAGACCGGAUUCACAGCAUACGACGUUGGUCUCAAGUAUUCCCAGGGACCCCUUUUGGCCAGUCUCACCACCUCGGGCAAGCUCGGUACCUUCAACGUUGCUCUCAAGUACAAGGUCAAUGAUGAAAUUACUGUUGCCUCUCAGACCGCCCAUUCUUCCUCCAAAACUUGCGAUGUCUUGGCCAUUGGUGGACUCUACAAGGCUGAAUUUGGAGAUGUCAAGGCUAAGAUUGGUAGCAACGGAAUGUUCUCCGCUGUUUUGAUCAAGGAAAUUGCUCCCAAGGUGACCAUCAAGGCCAGUGGAGCCGUCUCUACCUCUGACUUCUCCAACUUCACGACUGGUCUUGGAAUCGAAAUGUAAGGAUUUUUCGGGAGUAUUGUAAGAGGACGAUAAUCAAUCAUCAUCAUCAUGUCAGCACCCAUUCCAUUGAAUUGAAACGACAACAAGCUUUUGUAGCAUUUACACACUCGGUCGAUCCAGCGACAAGCAGUCAUUCGGAUCGUCUCGCGUGAAAUUGUCCUUGACUAAAUUUUAGUUGUUCACUGGCAAUGCACACAUAGUUUGAUUUGUCGUUGCGAGAAAGACAUGCAACUUCAGCGGGAGGUUUGUUCGAAAUUAUUUGUCCUUUUUGGGAUAGAAUUGAAAGUGACGAAUCGAAUCAAGUGAUCUAGUCUAGCUAGUAGCCCAGUAGAAGUGUUUUCGUCGCUUUAUAGGCUGGAACCUGAAACGAAGGAUCGCAGCACUUGACCAGUUGUCUGGCCCAGAAUCUCUGCCAGCUAGCACUGGACCUUUCUUGAAACUCGUACCGGUAUGCGACUAUUCCCUUGACAAACUGCAAUGCUAGCGCUGGACCGAGGAAGAGGAAUGGCAGCAGCCUUACGGCCGGCAAACAAGUGCGUGGCACAAGAAGAAACAGAGGCUACAAAAAGUGCGCUCACCCCCGGAAGACGGACAUUAUCAUGUUGUGAAACACUGGC